AUGCUUGUGCCGCUGCCAUCACGGGCCAACCCCGUGUAUGCAGCCGAUGAUGAGGUGGAACUCUCUCCGCCCAUGCAGUUCAUGGGUGGUGUUAGCGCGCACGCCAGCGCGUCGGCACCGCUGGCCGGCGGGGGUUUUGACCGCCACAGAUCCAAGCGCGAAGUUGUGCCAAGCAGCACUGUGAGCACGCCGCUGACCACGACGCCCAACGCCACGGCUGGCGGCGGAGACGACGGCGAAGGUGCAGGUCUUCUCACGUGGCACAGAUCGUCCUGGGUGUUCGUGCAGAGCCCCGGCUCGCGCCUGUCCCACACAAUGGUUGGCCUGUCUCCACGAAAGGUCAACGGCACCCUGGACUCUGCCGCCAACGGCCGAGCCCUGCUCUUUGGCGGCGAAACAGCGCGGUCGCCCGUCAACGUUGUCCUGAACAACGAGCCGUUUGUGCCCAGCAACGACCUGUGGUUGUUCAACGUGCACACGGCGUCCUGGCACAUGCUCGCACCAACGGGCCCACGCCCGCCACCACGAACCGCGCACGUCGCUGACCUCGUCGUCCUCAACGGCCUCGAUCACAUGUUCGUCUUCGGGGGCAUCAUCUACGAGCGCGGCAACAUCAACUACCGGUUCCUCUCAGACCUGUGGCUCUACAACGUGUCGGAGAACGCGUGGGACAAGCUUCAGCUGGCGGAUGGCUCACCACGACCACAUCCACGCUCAGGCAUGGACGGUGCCAUGUGCGGCCCCACAACACUGUACAUCUACGGCGGAACCUCCACAAGGGGGUGCACAGUGGACAUGGAGGAGUGCCCGACCGAUGGGGCUGACGCGCUGAUUGUGAAAGAAGACCUGUGGAAGCUUGAGUUCGAUGCGCCCGGACCGCUGCAAUGGGAGCUCAUUAGCACGCCCGCAUCGCCGGGCCUGCGCUCGUCCCACUCCAUGAUAUGCAUGCGUGACACGCUCUAUCUCCACGGCGGUGUGGCAGCGCCCAUCCACUUUGCGAACCGAUCCGCGAGCUCGUCCCUCGCUGUUGUGGACGAUGGGUUCAUCUGGACCCUGAACACCACACAGCAGCCACUCAACUGGAUACAGUCGCCCGUUGCGUAUUCGUUUGUGGUGGACGACACGUUCUCCAAGGAGCAGUUUGUGUCGAGCUUUGCUGCUGUCACUGUCCCCUUCUCUGAGAACACGUUUGGUGUUGUUGGCGGCCAGCACCUCGCAACAACCUGGAGACCCUUCAUCCUUGUGUUUGACAUUGACAAGUCUGAGUGGACCAUUUUCCCUCCCACCCUCACGCAGCUGCAGUCGUCCUUCCGCGUGUUCUGCGCAGCAACAAACGUGGCCGGCACUGUCCUCUUCCACGGUGGACACAACAUCCUCACUGUCCUGUCAGACCUUCAUCACGUCAUUCCGGAAAACCGGCUCGUGUAUCCGGUGCCGCAGCAGGAGUUCCCUGUGGAGCGCGCGUACGCCGCUGUCACGUUUGCCCGCGACCAGAACCUACUGAUUAUCCAGGGCGGCUUCAACGGCCAGGUGCCGCUCACGGACCUGUGGACGCUGGACCUCACCACCAAGACGUGGGAGCACACCUUUGACCGCAACCCGCUCGGUGCCCGUUUUGGCCACUUUGUGCACGCGCACGGGAAGCACGUCUUCUUUGGGCUUGGCGCCUCCCUGGUUGGCCUGUACAAGGACAUGUUCGUGUUUGACCUUGAAACGAAGCAGUGGUCUGACGUCACGCUCAACAACCCGGAGCACUACUUGAAGGAGGACUUGCCUCGCGUCAGCCCCAUGUACGCGUCCUACUCCCCAACCGGCGGCAACACGGCGCCCACCACGCACAUGCUCUUCUUUGGCGGGCUCAGGCUCGUGGGCAUCGACGAAGGGUUUCUGCGGCAGGUGCAUUUCAUGGGCGACACGUGGAUCCUCGACACGAGUGACGUCACGGCCCCGACAUGGUCGCGCGUUGACGUGGAGCCUGGCCAGGCCCAACCCAUUGCGCGAAACCUUGGCGCCAUGACGCCAUUCCAGCUGCCGAGCGGCCGCUUGGGCAUCUUCCUGUACGGCGGGUUUGCCACGCCCGGCAUCGAGGCGGGCACACCCAUCAAGGUGCGGGACGUGCUUGAUGUCACUGAGAUUAUGAGCGACGCGUGGGUGUUCUGGGCAGACACCAACACCUGGCAGGAGCUCAAUGCCCGCCUGCCUGGCGCGCGCGCUGCCCACUCUGUCACGUUCAUCAGCUCCCACAUCUUCCUGUACGGCGGGACGUCACAGAAACCGCACAGCGGGGACAUCUUGGGCGUGUCGACGGUGAUCAGCACCGAAGACACGUGGGUGCUGCGCAUGGACACGCUUGACGAUCCGAAUGCCAGCAUCUUCCAACUAGACGGUGCCGACAGCGACAGCGGUGCUGGCGCAGGCGAGCAAUCGCGCAGACGCGAAUCGCAUCCAUCAUCACCAUCAUCAUCAUCACCAUCAUCAUCAUCAUCAUCAUCAUCGUCGUCGUCAUAUGUGAGGCAGCGCCGGCAGCAGCAGCGCCCGCUUCCGGAGUCUGUGGGUGCGGCACAAUCACUCGACAACUGGCUGCUAAUGCCUGCAUCGCUCUCCAUCCCGCGCGCACACCACUUCAUCUUUGGCGUCAACAACUCCCUCCUCGCCUGGGGCGGCCGUGACUCGCAAGGGUUCCACGACACCAACGUGUAUGACCUGCGCCUGGCGUGCCUGCCCGGCUUUGCUUCUGCAACUGGCGACUUUGCAGACUGCCAACCCUGCGCUGUGGGCAGGUUUCAAUCGUUGAUUGGGCAGACGCGGUGCUUUGGCUGCCCACCAGAUGUCACCACCGCCUCUGAAGGCGCGAACAACCCUGUCAUGUGCAGCGUGUGUCGGCGCGGCUACUGCCGCCACGGCAGCUGCCACGUGAGCGACCGACUUCUGCCUGUGUGCGACUGCAGCACGGGCUGGUCUGGAGAUCGCUGCGAAUUCAACCUCGCCGCGUCCAUCUCCCUCAGCGUCCUUAGCAGCUUGCUCGGCCUGGUCGGUUUUGCCUACCUCAUCCACCGGUAUCGCAAGCGCGCAGGCAAAUUCAAGACAUAUGCGCAACUGCAGGAGAAAUUGCUCGGCGAAACCAAAGAAGAGCUGGAAGAACUCGAGCGCGCGUGGGAGAUUUUCCCCGACGAGCUGCAGUUUAUCAAACGGAUCGACACAGCGUCGCCGGGCGCCUUUGGACAGGUUUGGCUGGCAAAAUUCUCCGAUGUUAUGGUUGCUGUGAAGCGGCUGAAGCACGAGCUUGAGGAGCUGGAUGAGGAGGCGCACGCAGAGUUCAUCUCCGAGAUCAAGUUCAUGCGCGGGCUGCGGCACAAGAACAUUGUGUACUUUUACGGCGCUGGCUUCAUGAACAACCAGCCGUUCCUGGUGGCGGAGCACAUGGCACGUGGUGCCCUGGACACGAACCUUGCCGACAGUUCCAUCGACCUCAGUUGGCGCCGCCGUUUGGGCUUUUUGCUCGACACCGCAAGUGGAAUGAACUUCCUGCACUCGCUCAACCCACCGCGCAUCCACCGUGAUCUCAAGAGUCCCAACCUCCUCGUCAACGAGUCAUGGGUCGUCAAGGUGACGGACUUUGGCACGGGCCGUCUCGUGGAGCACUUGCAGGCGGAUGCUGCGCAAUCCCUCGAACUCACAGACUCCAUGCAACCGACGAUGACGUCCAAUGUAGGGACGCUGUUGUGGUGUGCACCAGAAGUGCACGCAGGCAAGCUGUAUUCCCUUUCAGCAGACGUGUACAGCUUUGCGAUUGUGAUGUGGGAGUGCGCCACGCGUGAACUUCCAUUCAACGAAAUUGAGUCGCCGUGGGAUAUUCGCGAAGCCGUUGAUGGCGGUCACCGCCCGCCGCUUGUGGACGACGCCCCCGCGGGCUUCAACGACCUGAUGCAACGCUGCUGGCACCAGGAUCCGGCAGAACGACCCACGUUUGCAACUGCACUCGUCCUGCUCACGGCGAUAUAUGAGGCCAUUCGUGAUGAUGGCUCCACGGGUGUGGCGGCUGCAGCGCCGCGAUCAUCAUCGUCGUCGUCGUCGUCUGUUGGCCGUAAACCCACAAGCAGCGGCUCAGAAGGCGUGUCCUCAACGCAUAUGUGA